AUGCCUUCGCUCGGCUCCUUGUUCGGGUGGAAAUGGGGAAACAAACCGCAGCGCGGCUUGGAAUCUAAUCCACCAGCAUCUUCCAACCUCCCACAUUCUGAGGCCGGACCUCAAAAUGCCACGGGUACACGCGAGGCCUCUCUCCUCGUCGGGGCAAACGUCGACGGUGGAAAACCAGAGAAAUCCUCCAUUCAGGUAGACAAGAGCAUGGAAACUCCAAAACUUGCAAAGGAUGGGACCCUGGGAACAAAUGAACCUUUGGGGGAUUCAGUUGAUAUUUCGAAGCAAGCGCCUCUACCAAAUGAUGAUGUGGCCGGAGAGCCCGGUGGACAACAAGACUCUACAACUCGCAUUCUGCCAUCAGACAUUGAUCCUGACCCUCGUAUAGGCGCACCGGAAGUGAUUGACCGCUCGAAGGCUUUGCAUAGUCAAUGGAAUCAAUUUAAUAAGAGCGUGACCUCCUUCACUGAUGGUCUCAUAAGAGCAGGCGACCUACGGAGAGAAGCUAUUCGACGACGAGAAAAUGUCGUCGGCGAAGUGGAAGGAAUGCUAGCUUCUGCAGGUGACGGUGCUUUGCGAGAUUUCAGAGGCACUCUACUUGGGUUGAAGCAAAUCGAAACAGAAUUGCAGGCAGAGGAUAAAAAAUUGAUUCAGCAAGGUUUUCAGAUUGGCCGCCAGGGCUCAAAGAUCUUUGGCCCCGCCGCAGAGACUUCGUUCCAAAUCCUGAAUGACCAAGGAGUCGUUGUCCGGUCCGAGGAAAGUGUUACAGAGGAUUCAGUUCUUUCUACCGACGACAUUCGACUUGAUCAAACCCCUGAGGCCCAACGUUAUCUCUCCAAAAUGGGCGAUGUGGAUGUAUUACAGGACAUAUUAAUAAAUAUGGACGCGGAGCUGAGAAUGUUAUCCGAAACGAACGAAACACUUGAUGUUAUGGAAGAACUUGAGACGAGGCGCAAGGAAGUGUUGAAUGAAUUGAGACUGGCUGAAGAGGACUUGGCCAAGCUUUACGAGGAUCUACCAGAGAGGAGGGUCAACAUUUCCGAAGAGCAAAUUCGUCCGCCUUCGGAAACAGAGCAGCAACUUCCUAGCCAGAGCAAUAUCGAUUACGGGGAAACUGGAGGUGUAUUAGGGUCUCAGUCUCGGUCAGAGAUUCAAGGAAACAGUCUCUCCCAAAUCUUACAAAGCGCAACAAACGACAAUUCGGUCCAAUCGACGACAAAGGUCGAGGUCUAUCUCGACUAUCAGUCGCAGCAGUCUCCCGAAGAGCGGCAAAACUCCCCCCAAGCAGCUGAAGAUGCCAGACCAGGAGGCGGUCAAGCUCAGGAAGUGGAUUCUCAGACUGCUCAACUCGAUAGCUAG